CGGCUGAGGUGGAGGGACCAACAGCCCCUCCCCCCCAGCUGGGACCCACCUGACGGCCGUUUGUUUCGUUGGGCUGAUGGCAGUGACGUCACUGUGCGGCGAGGGACCCUGCCCCACGUCGUGCCUGCGCAGUCCUCUCUCCUCUGGUUGGGACGGGGCCCUGCCCGCCUGUGCGUGGGGUGCGGGCUCCCAGGCCCAGGGCUGGGCAGUUCCCGCCUCGUGAGUGGGCGGCCAGCGCACAAAGCUCGGAGAGCGGGGGCCUUGCCAGUGCCGGGGGAGCACAGCAUGGCUGGGAGGGCAAGGGUUUGACACCCCCCCAACCUUGAAAGUGCCCCCUUCAAAAGGACAACAGUAGAAAGAGUUGCUGUAGGCUAGGCUGAGCUCGUUUAAUGUGGUCCGUUUCGGUUUGGGGUGGGUUUGACUGGUCAGUUUGUAAGGCUAUGUCUACACUACAGCCAGCAGUGAUGCUCUGAGAUCAAUCGACUGGCAGUCAAUUUAGCGAGUCUAGUGAAGACCCACCCAAUUGACAGCAGAUCGCUCUCCAGUCGACCCCUGUACUCUACCCCCGACAAGAAGAGUAAGGGCUUUUUCUGGCAGGCAUUUGUUUUGAAGAGAAGAAACUCUUUGCAUUUAGGCUCAAUAUUUGUAGUCUUCUCUGGCUCGUUGUAGUAUGGAUUUUGCUUUUUUGUUUUUGUCUUUUGUCAUUAAUCGUGGAUAUGAACUUGGCAAGGCGUGUGUUUUGGUAGCUCCGCAAGGUCCUAGCAGUUUUUAAGAGUGUUUUGCAAGAUGAGGAUUUUCAUAGCUUUUGAAGGAUUUUGUGAAUCUUUUGACAUUUCAUCAGACCAAACUGUGCAAGCCGUAAAACUGAUGAUAAAGGAUUAUUUCCACAUUCCACUUUCUGAAGACAAACAAGGCAGACGAUAUUUGGAGCUGAUCUAUGCAGGAGCAAUACUGAAGGAUAACUGGAUCCUUGCUGACAUAGGGAUAUCAGUUUCCUCGACUAUUAAAUGUGUUGUUAAGGAAGAAGACAAACCAGCCUUCUAUGUAUACAAUGCUGUAAUCCAAGAGAAAGUGCCCAUUAAGGGGAGUGUUUAUCUUCUUGCUUCAAAAGUGUCCCUUUUGAAAACACUGGUAACCCUGAAAUGUGGCAUUCCAAAUAGUGUUUAUUGUCUCAGGACUCCAGAGGGCAGGGAGAUGUAUGACUGCAACACACUGAACGAUUACCAGUUAGAUAUAGGCACAACACUUCGUCUGGAUGUGUGGGAUGGAUGGAAAGAAUUCCUGACUGGGUGCCUCUUAGGAAACAAGCAUACAGUCCAACGCUUUCUGUCUGAUGAAGAACCAGUACUCAAAUAUCAGAAGAGAGUGGCUCUUUACAUGGCAGCAUUUUUUGGGCACCUUGAGCUCGCAGCAUGGAUCCUGAAACAAGGAGUGAGACCCAAUGCGGCAGUGGGUGUUCAUCCCUAUCGAGAAUGGUGUCAGGAAACACAUCAUCCAGAUGUAACUAAAUGUCCAGUUCAUGCAGCUGCAGAAGCAGGCCAACUAAUUAUACUGAAGGCCUUUGUUAAUUAUAGUGUGUUGUGCUUAGAGUGCCAAAAUCCAGCAGGGCAAAUUCCUCUGAACAUAUGCAUCAAACACAAACAUAAGGAUUGUGUGCUAUAUUUAGUUACCAAAAUGUGGUCAGUGGUUUCUUAUCCUAAUUUUUCACUUCCCAUGAAGAUUUUCAUUAAAUUAAAGCAGUGGCUGCUUAGGGGUCAGAGUCACAUCCUUACCACGAAAUGGCUUAACCAGGCUGCAGUCUUCAGAACACGCGUGGGGGACACUGUUAUCGUGGAUGGCUUCACAAAGCCAAAAAUGACCUCCAAAGCCAGGAUCAAGGCAGCAGGCAAUAUGGACUAUAAGUUACCAAACCUAAUUGAUCAAACUCCACAUGGGAAAGAGUCAUGUCCCUUGACAGUUACAAAGGGGGAGCAAAAAGUAAUAAAGCUCAAAUUACCUCCGUUGGAAGAUGCAAAUAAGCUCCCUAACAUACACAGACUUCACCAAAAGAAGAAUAUUAGAAAGAAGGCUGCUCAGCCUAGAAAAGAUGAAAGUAUGGACCAAAACAUGUGUUUAGCUAAAGUUCCUUUGCCCCCUAUUUCUAGCCUCAGAAAUUCCCGCCCUCCUUUCUACUAUUCAACACCUAAUGCUAAAUCGCUCUUAAAUUCCUCCUCUGAGUGUUUCUCAGAACACAGUGGAAGAACUCCAAGAGAUAAUGCAAUCUACUGCUUAGCUAUUGCCAGUGCAUUUAAAGAGAAACCAUGGCUUCAACAACUGGGAAUUGCAAGAACCCUAGCUAAGAAGAGUGUCUGCAAACCUGUAUACUGAUAAAGGCCUGAUUUCAUAUUGAAUGUUUCCAGGAAUCUGUAGUUUGGGGAGAGAGCCUAUGUUUGAAUGCUCUAACAUUAUCAACGUCCUAUUUGACAAGCAUCCUAAAUUCAAUGACAUAGUACACAGAUAUGGUCAAUGAAGGUAUAUUAAUAACAAUUAAUACAUUACAUGAAGAUAAUGUAUAAAUCAUUAGUGGAUGCUCUGGGCUUCAUCUGUUUCAGAUGUUUGAUCUCUUUAGCGCUAAAGAGAAUAAAGAUUAAAUCAUGUGACAAAAAUAAUUCUGAAAAACUGAAUGCAACGUGUAAGGGAAAAAGAAUGACUCAUUAGAUUAGUGUGAACCAAAGGUUUUCAGCAUUGUAUAGCACCACUGUGAGAGAAAAAUUAGAUCACCUAGGACUAAGCUUUAAUGUGCUAAGCAAAGCCUGUGAGAAUCUCCCAUUGAACUUCUAGUCAUGCUUGCAGACUUCAUCCUCCAGCACUCCCUAGGAGUUUAAAGACCUUCCACUCCUAUCUCUAAAACAGUUUCAAAAUGACUUUGAUUAAAACCUUUUCUGCAGCUCCUGCUAUCCAGAAGAGCCUGCCCUGUGUCUCUCUACCUCAUUGAAUCUCUGUCCUUUUUUAAGUCUCCUCUGCAAAUCUAUCUUUUCUCUCUUGCAUACUUUCUUUCUCUCUUCCAUUGAGAUAUUUAUUUAGGGUCCUCAUUCUGCCAAACCUUACUUAUAUGAGUAAUCCUUACUUGUGCAGUCCCAUUGAACUCAAGGGACUAGUCCUGUGUGCAGUAAAUGUGUGACCAGGAGUGUUUGCAAGGCCUUGUCUACGCUUGAAAUGCUAAGCAGCACAGCUGCAGUGCUUUAGUGCUGAAAUUCAUUACAAUGAUGGGAAGGAUUCUCUCAUUGGCGUCGUUAAUCCACCUCCCCAAGAGCCGAUAACUAGGGCUACAUCGACACACAGCCAGGAUCCACACUCUGAGAUUGAUCCACCGGCGGUCAAUUUAAGGGGUCUAGUGAAGACCCACCAAAUUGACAGGGAUCGCUCUCCAGUUGACCCCUGUGCUCUACCCGAUGAGAAGAGUAAGGUGGGCCGACGGGAAAGUUUCUCCCGUUGACCCCCCGCGGUGUUGACCCCCCGCGUUAAUUCGACCUAAGGUACGUUGACUCCAGCUAUGUUAUUCACGUAGCUGGAGUUGCGUAGUGUAGGUUGACUUACGGUGGUAGUGUAGACAUAGCCUAGGUCAAACCUAGAGCUAUCUACAGUGGGGCUUAACUACAUCACUCAGGAGUAUGGAUUUUUCAUUUCCCUGAGUGAUUUAGGUGGAUUGACUUCACAUUUGAGUGUAGACCUGGCCUAAGAGACUGGCUUUUAUUGUCUGACCCCAGUCAUUUGAUAUGGGAAAGGGUUAAAAAAAGUUAACACCCUUGUCACAUGACGGGGUGACUAUCCAUUGACUUGAUCAGCUAAUGUUACAAUGAGUAAGACUUAUUUGAAUGAGUAAGAGUUAACAUGAUCAGGCUCUAACUGAGACUAUAUUACUUAUCUCUGCAAAGCAUUUUGGUGUACAGAGCCUGACUUGUCUUGCACAGAAAUCAUAGUUUUACCAUUGACUUAAAUGGGAGAAGAACAGGGACCCCAGUUAGUGUGAAAUAUUCUAUUACAUACUCUGUCACAUGAACUGAAAUAGAAGUACUGUAAAAUACACAAAGAAAAAGGGGUCACACAUUUAAAAUCCUGCCAUUUCAUAAAAUGAAAUCUCCUGCAUUGGCAGGCAUAUGGACUAGAUUGCCUAAUAAAUCAUUUCCAUCUCUCAAAAUGUCCCUGAUAUACAGGUAGCACUUUCAGAUUGAAAUUCUUUCCUGAAAUAUAAAAUGAUAAAAUCGUGUCUGAGGGCAUGCCUCCACUGCCUGGUCUGCCUCAGUCUAUGGGGGUGUAAAGAACAGUGCA